CCCUACCUGUUAAGGUAUCGGUCAAGCAUGGUGUCGAAUACGCAGAAAUGUUGGAAUCUGUUGCUCAGUUCGGUCCCCAAAGAGCCACUCUACCACCGAACCUUGAGGAAGUGCGACAGAAGUAUGGUUUGACCGAUGAAAAGUACGACAUGUACUGGAGAAUGGUUGCGGACGCGAAGCUCAAGUCUGGCAGUGGUGAAAGAUUCAAAUAUCUCAACAAGAAAGCCCAUAAUCAGCUGCUAUCCGUGCUUCAGGGAUCAGAGGAAGUGAGCCACAAACUGCUGAUGAAUGACGCUCAAUCGAUUGCCGAUCGAACACGACAAUAUUUAGCAAAACAGAGUCAGGAUGCGGAGCUGCGACGCCAGACAGAAAUAAUGACUGAUCUCAAAGCAUUCCUAGAGGAGGUCAGGAUACCGUCUGAGAUCCAGAGGGCGUUGAAGAAGACUGAGGAGAAGAUUUAUGAGUUGCAAGAUCGCAUAACACGGUGCAACCAGAAGAAGCUGGCCGAACCGAGUGCAGAAAAGUGGAGCGGAGUUACAAUAGAUACUAUCAGGCAGGUGCAAGAGGUUGAUGAGAUCGACCGACUGCUUGAUACAUAUAAGCAACAAGUCAACGAAAUUCGCGAACAAGCUCAAAAACUGGAAGAAAUCAGAACACGAAAGGAAGAGAUGUUGGCGAAGAAGCGUUUGCUACUGAAGCAGCUUGAAGAGCAAGAGAAUGAAGAGCGGGAGGCCAAGAGGGUUCCCAAACCCGUGGAAACCAAUCAUCAGAAGAAUCAGCCGACUUCGAAGAGUUUGGACGCUAUACUCGAUCAAGCAGUGAAGAGGGUUGGCAACGGCUGGGGGGAGCCAAAGCUACAAAGUACAGGUCUUGAUUCCGAGAGCAUACGAGCAACAGCACAGGCAAAGGAGGGUGCCGCUAUACAACUGCAGAAGCCUGGAAUAGGUUCGGUAUCUGUAUUGACUCGAUCAAAGUCCGAAGACAAAGACCAAGACACAAAUGGCAAGGACAUGAAUCUGGUCACUUUCACUCCAUCCAGGCCGAGUGAUAGCCUACGUCUGCAGGUUCCCGCUGCCGGGUUUAUUCCUAUUGACGAGAAUCUCAUUGUCACGUUUGAGGGACCGGUUCCAGAACUCCAAUCAUAUGUCUUCGAAAUGGCUCAGCGCCUCAAAAGCUCAUAUCCGCGUAUCGACACGCUGCCAUAUGAUGUAUGGACCAGCCAGAACAAAGCGACGUUGCAGACAUGGCUCAAGAUCCUGGUAAAGAAAUGGCAAACGCGAUUCAACAGCAUUGGUCAGGUAGAGAAAGACAUUAUAGAUGGGCGAAUUCAAGCUGUGCUUGAUCGAAUGAUUCGCGAUCACGAUCUCGGCAACGAAGCUGCGGAACGAAUGGCAGUGCGGUGGCACCAAGUCUUUGAGAAUAGGGGCGCAAUGCAUGGAGAUGCGGAGGGAGUGAUGAACUGGGAUGAGUUUCAAGCUGAAGGCCUGGGGUUCUUGACCAAUGAGACGGAGUCUGAGGUGCCAUCACAACAGGGACAAGCAGAAGCCAGGCCGAUACCAGCAACACUCUCAAGUACGAACAAGAGACCAAAUCUACACGAGGAUUUGGGUAGCCAAGUUCCUCAUGACUUCACUGCGCGCAAAAUGUACUCGACCUCUUCGCGAUCUACACCACUAGCUCGCGACCUUGUAUCACAGCAAAAAGAGAAGGAAAAAGACGACGAGAAAGAAUCACCAGCACCAUACUUACCACACCUUACCUCUUCGGGAUCUGCACAUAUGGUAUCUGUGUCUACAAAGCAGCAUACCAUCCGCACCGCCAUCGCCAUCGGCUCAGUCCACUUCACAAACCCGACUCCCCUCUCCCUCAUCCGCUCCAACACCGCCAAAAAGGGCGAUGUCCUCGGCGUAUCCCGCAUAGCAGGCAUCAUGGCCGCGAAAAAAUGCCCAGACCUAAUUCCCCUGUGCCAUCCCAUCCCACUCACACAUGUCAGCGUCGAACUUGCUCCUUUCUCCGACGGACACGGAGGUGUAAAGAUUGAGGCUAAAGUCCAGUGUACGGGGCAGACGGGCGUGGAGAUGGAGGCGCUGACGGCGGUUAUGGGCGCGGCGCUUAGUGUAGUUGAUAUGUGCAAAGCUGUGGAUAGAUUUCAGAGGGUGGAUGGGAUGAGAGUGGUGUUUAAGGAAGGGGGGAAGAGUGGGGUAUGGAGGGAGGAGGGGUGGGAGAGUUGGCAGAGGUAGAUGGGCCGGUGGUUUAGGUGAGAAGUUUUUUUUACUUUGAAAAGUAAUGAUUCGAUGCCGAUGUUUGGGAUCGUUGGGAUCCUCAUGUAUGGGGUUGCUAGGGGAAUCACAAUCAUCUAGACGAUUCCUGCCGUAGCCGUGCUGUUGAUGUCUAGGGACUAAGCUUUUAGAAGGGUUUUUUUCACGCUCAAUAAGCUACCUUAAGUGUUAGUAGUGCGUAGUGAAGGCUCUUUCACCUCAUCUUGAUGCAGAAACCAUGCUGUGG